CCACAUUUUCUUUCACCUCUCUCUGCAUUCCACCCCCCUCCACCCCUUCCUCCUCUCGACCUCGCCGGAAUCUCACCUCCGAUCCGGCGGCGCGCCGCCAUCGCCGCCGACGAGGGCCCUCCGCCACACGCGCCCACCGGCACGGGGCGCAUCCCGGGGCAUUGGAGGCGCCGAGGAGGGGGCAAGGGAUGGAGUCGAUCAUAGCGCGGGCGCUGGAGUACACGCUCAAGUACUGGCUCAAGUCCUUCUCCCGCGACCAGUUCAAGCUCCAGGGCCGCACCGCGCAGCUCUCUAAUCUCGAUAUCAAUGGCGACGCGUUGCACGCGAGCCUGGGGCUGCCUCCGGCUCUCGCCGUCGAGACCGCGCGAGUCGGGAAGCUCCAGAUCACGCUUCCGUCAGUGUCAAAUGUGCAAGUGGAACCAAUUGUGGUGAACAUUGAUAAGCUUGACCUUGUGCUUGUUGAGAAGGACAAUUCUGAAGAUCUUUCAAGCUCUAGCAGUGCUUCAUCACCAUCAUCAACUAAAAGCAGUGGAUAUGGAUAUGCUGAUAAGAUUGCAGAUGGAAUGACAGUCCAAGUUGGUAUAGUGAACCUUCUAUUAGAAACACAUGGCGGUCCACGUCGUCAAGGAGGUGCAACUUGGUCACCACCACUAGCAGCCAUCACAUUCCGUGAUCUUGUACUGUACACUACAAAUGAAAAAUGGCAGGUUGUAAAUUUGAAAGAAGCAAGGGAUUUUUCGAACAAUAAAGGAUUCAUUUAUGUUUUCAAGAAGUUGGAAUGGCAAUCACUGUCAGUUGAUCUGCUACCUCACCCUGACAUGUUCACGGAUGCUCGGUUUAACUCUUCUGGCAGUGAAGAUGACAAACGAGAUGAUGAUGGUGCGAAACGGAUGUUUUUUGGUGGUGAAAGAUUUUUGGAAGGAAUAUCUGGGGAGGCCAACAUCACAGUCCAACGAACAGAGCAAAAUAAUCCUCUUGGGCUUGAAGUUCAGCUGCAUGUUACUGAAGCUCUCUGUCCUGCUUUAAGUGAACCUGGUUUACGGGCUUUUCUUCGGUUCAUGACUGGGGUAUCUGUGUGCCUCAACAGGGGUGACGUGGAUCCAAAAGCUCAACAGCAUGCAGAAGCUGCAGGAUCUUCCUUGGUAUCCAUUAUUGUAGAUCACAUAUUCCUCUGCAUUAAGGAUGCUGAGUUUCAACUUGAAUUUCUGAUGCAGUCUUUAUUCUUCUCACGGGCAAGCGUUUCUGAUGGGGAGAUUUCAAAAAACUUGUCUUGCAUAAAGAUUGGUGGGCUCUUUCUAAGGGACACAUUUUCUCGCCCACCAUGCACAUUGAUACAACCCUCCAUGCAAUCUGUUCCACAGGAACCUCCCCCUGUGCCUGACUUUGGUCAAAAUUUUUGUCCUCCAAUCUACCCAUUUGAGAAUCAACUAUUGGAAUUCACAUCUGGAACUCCUUUAUUUUCCCUCUAUUGUCUUCAGCUCACCCCUUCCCCAUUACCUCCUAAAUUUGCUUCAAAAACUGUCAUCACAUGUGAACCUCUUACGGUGACCCUCCAGGAGCAAUCCUGCUUAAGAAUUGCCUCAUUCUUGGCUGAUGGAGUUGUGGCCAACCGCAGUGCCAUAUUGCCUGAUUCCUCAAUCAACAGUAUGUCACUUUACCUUAAAGAAUUUGAUCUCUCUAUUCCAUUAGAUUCUGAGGAAAUCACAAGGUGCAGUGGAACUAAGAACGUUUGCCCCCAGUCAUUUACGGGGGCAAGACUUCAUGUGGAAAACCUAUACUUCUGCCAGUCACCAUCAGAAAAGUGUCUGCUUCUAAACCUUGAUAGAGAUCCAGCUUGCUUCCUUCUGUGGGGUUACCAACCUGUUGAUGCAAGUCAGAGGAAGUGGGCUACUCGAGCUUCUCAUCUAAGCCUCUCACUUGAAACCUCUAGCACCUUAACUGGACAGAGAACUGUUAUGGGCUCCUCUGCAAGUUUGUGGAAAUGUGUUGAACUAGAUGACAUCCGGUUUGAGGCAGCCAUGGUAACAGCUGAUGGUAGCCCUUUGUUGGAUGUACCACCCCCAGAGGGUGUUGUGAGAAUUGGUGUUGCUUUUCAACAGUUUAAGUCCAACACUUCAGUAGAGCAGUUGUUUUUUGUCUUAGGUCUCUACACUUAUUUUGGCCAGGUUGGAGAGCGGAUUUCAAAGGUUAGCAAAGGUAACCGCUCUGGGGCAAAGGCAUCAUUUGACAAACUUGAAAGAAAAUUGCCUAGUGACACAGCAGUGAGCCUAACUAUGAAUAACCUCCAACUCAAUUUCUUGGAAUCUUUUUCAUCAAAUGACUUGCAUUUGCCCCUGGUUCAGUUUGGUGGAGAUGAUCUAUACCUUAAAGUUUCCCAUCGCACUCUUGGUGGUGCCUUUGCAGUUACAACUAACUUGACAUGGAAAACUGUCUCAAUUAACUGUUUGGAAGGAGAAAGUGCUAUAUUUCAUGAGAAUGGCACUGCAGUUACCAGUGAACCUAAUAUUUUGUUGCAUGAAAAUGGGCAUCCCAAGAUGAGAGCAGUGUUCUGGGUUGACCAUCGGAAUAAGAAUCAGUCUAAAGAUGCUCAAUUUAUUGACAUAAACAUCACUCAUGUACUGCCUUAUGAUAUGCGGGAUAUGGAGUGUCAUAGCUUGAGUGUAUCAGCUAAGGUAUCUGGUGUUCGUCUUGGUGGUGGAAUGAGUUACACUGAGUCUUUACUGCAUCAAUUUGGUAUCCUUGGGCCUGAUGGUGGUCCAGGGGAAGGUCUUUUGAGGGGACUGAAGGAUUUAUCUUCUGGCCCACUUGCGAAACUGUUCACACCUUCUCACCUCACCGACAAGGAAGAUGGAAGGUCCAAUUCCAAAGACGAUGACAACAGUUCAAAGUUUGACCUGGGGGUGCCAGAUGAUCUUGAUGUGUCAAUUGAGCUACGAAACUGGCUGUUCGCACUUGAAGGAACAGAAGAAGUAGGAGAUUGGUUGACCCCUCGUGGCAAUGAUCAUAUCAGUAGAGAAGAGAAAUGUUGGCAUACCACAUUUAAGAAUCUACAUGUGUCAGGCAGAAGUAGUGACCGGCCUGGAUCUGCAGAGAAGGUGGCUCACAAAAGGGCCCUUCCAGUAGAGCGAUUUACGGCUGGAAUCGAAGGUUUACAGGCAAUAAAACCUCGCCUGAGAGAUCGACUAAUUAGAAAUGGAACAUCAAAUAAUAUUCAAACAGACAAUGUUUUUGAUAACACAAGUAACAUUAGUGAGCAAGGUGUCGAUGUUGAAGCUACUAUGGUCAUUGGUGAAGAUGAGAUUGAAGGUCCCAAGUGGACAAUGGAUAAUGUCAAGUUUUCUGUAAAAGAACCGAUCGAGGCAGUUGCAACAAAGGAAGAAUUAGAGCAUCUCACGAUGCUCUGUAGAUCUGAAGCUGAUGCAAUGGGGAGGAUCACAGCUGGGAUCCUCCGUCUCCUUAAACUUGAUAAGUCUCUUGGUCAGGGGACUAUAGAACAGCUCAGGAACCUAGGAAGCGGAGGAAUGGAGAAUAUUUUCUCACCUAGGAAGUUGAGCAGGCAGAACAGUUUUGGUAGCGUAGGCACUCCGAGGACCCCUCAUCUGCACUCAAUUACAGAUGCAGGAUCGAAAGAGGUACUGGAAGCAACAGUUGCUUCAUUACAAAUGGAAAUCUUUGAAUCCAAGGCCAAAUGCACAGCUCUCGUUUCCAAGGCGAGCAGCGUGGAGGAUCAGAAAUGCGCCGAAGACAUCAGACAACUGAAUGAUAAGCUAGAGAGCAUGCAAUCCUUGGUGACAAAAUUGAGAACUUUGAUCUAAAUUGUACAUAGUGUUUUUUUUUUUGUGUGUGUACAGGUUCGUGCAGUCCGAAACUUGGAAGUGGCUAAUGCUAUACUUCCUCUUGGAUUAUUCUUUUUGUGUAAAUUUAUAUGUGUAUACAGGUGGAUGUCUGGAAUAAUGUGCUGAUACGCAGUAAAUGGGAAAUUUUGUAGGUGGAAUGUGAUGUAGCGUUGUGAUCAAAUGAAGUCAUUAAAAACGAAAAUUUUUCUUAUC